CUCGAGACGUUCUUCAACGAACGCUACAUAGAGCCUAGAUCUGAGCGCUCCAUCAGAAGACAGCGCCUGUAUGAUCACCUCGAUCAAAGCUCUCUGUCUGUCUCGGAAAAGGAGGAGCUGAUCCGUCAAUGGGAACAGUCGGAAUCGACUCAUCUGCGACGACUACGUACUCUCAAGAGCACUUCGGUCGUGAGACACGCCACCAAGGGUACCUUCAAUGCUGGCUUCCAGGAGCUCCGCAUCCUGGGGAAGGGAAGUUUCGGACAGGUCAAGCUUGUGACAGAUACUGAGCAUUUCCUGACCGAGGAACCAUCCCCGUGUUCAUUAGACAAUGCUCCUUGUACCACACUGGUCCGACGUGGGUCCCAAGAUCCCCGCCGUAUGAAGGAUUACUACGCCAUGAAGGUCAUUCGCAAGGCCGAGCAGAUUCGCCAAUGUCAGGAGGCUCGCCUUCGAGGCGAACGCGAUUUUCUUGUCAAAGCAGAAGGCUCACAAUGGAUUGUCCCUCUUAUCGCAAGUUUUCAAGACAACACGAAUCUCUACCUCGUCAUGGAGUUCAUGAUUGGGGGCGAUUUCCUGCAGUACUUGAUACGCCAUGAUAUACUCAGUGAAGAAGACACCAAAUUCUACAUGGCAGAAAUGAUCCUGGGCAUUGAAGAAACUCACAAGAUGGGAUGGAUCCACCGCGACGUCAAGCCAGACAACUUCCUGAUCCACUCUUCUGGUCACUUAAAGAUAAGUGACUUUGGACUUGCCUUUGACAGUCAUUGGUCUCACUUCAACGACUACUACGACACGAUGCGCCACUCAAUCUUGACCAAAUACGAUAUCAACCUCAAAGGCGAUGCUCAGGAUGAACGGGAUAAACGGGAUGAACGGGAUCGGGCGAGAACGGCACGCCAACGUAACGGUGUGAGAGGCCAUACAAGGACAGGUGAUCUGUCUCUUGACAUGGACAACGCUUAUGACAUUGAGCAACUCUUGAGAAUGCCAUCAAGAAUGCAAAAAAACCGGCCCGUAAGUUGUGUGGGUACAAAACAAUACAUGGCACCAGAAUUGGUCGCGGGCCAAUCUUAUGAUGGGAGAUGUGAUUGGUGGAGUCUGGGCUGCAUCAUAUUCGACUGCUUCUACUCAAGAACACCCUUCAUUUGCGGCGACAAAGAGAAGACAGCCAACUCGAUUAUGAACCAUCGGAACACACUUCGUUUCCCCCCAGGCGAGCGACUUUCUCAUUCCGGCAUAGCUUACCCAGCACCAAGCGAGACUGCGAUUAAUCUCAUGAAACUUCUCCUGCGAGAGCAAGACCGAAGACUUGGCUCGGCGGCUUAUACUCGUUGUCGCUACCCUAAGCGUCAUCGCAGUGCUCCGGAAUCGAGUGUUGUUGCGGCGAAUGAUGCCGAAGAGAUCAAAGCACAUCCGUUCUCCAGCACAAUCCACUGGGAAUCCUUGCAUCGCUCGAGACCGCCAUUCGUGCCGGAAGCAGUGGAAGAUGUCGCAAUGUACUUUGAACCUGAAGAUAACCUCAUCAAUGGGAUUGGAACAAGCUACAUGAGUUUGAGGGAGAAGGCCGACCCAAAAGCCAAGCCAUGGGUCAACCAGCAACUGAUGGGUCCCUACUACGAAAGGUGGGUUGCUGAGCAGCGUGCAAUCGAGAAAUUUCGAAUGGGGUUCCCCCGCUGGACGGACAAAUACUUCGACGCCUGCAAGAAAGAGUAUGGUGAUCACUGGGAAGGUUUCAAGCGACAUCGAAUAAACGAGACACGCAAUGCCAAGCUGAGGCGAGGAAUCGAUCUUGAUGAAGAAGUCAACCAAAUCUUCGGCAUGAGAGGGCGGAUACCAAGACCAAAGGAUAUUAUUUUGCGUGACCCACGCUGGAAAGAUCGCGUGCUGGAACGAAGAAAGGUGGGUGCAUUCUUGGGAUACACUUAUCGGAGUCCUCGAUACAUAUUCCCAGAGGUUGGCAAGGAGAAGACGCCAGUCUUCUCAAGACCUACGAUCAUCCCUGUGAACGACCACGACGAUCACGAAUGA